UUUUUUUUCUCGAAACUCACAAAUCUGUCAUGUAUCGUCAUUUUCGUUUUGUUUAUACUUGAUUUUUCAAAUAUUUUUCGCGCCAGUUUGUGACUACUAACAAUGUCAAUUUUACUAGCUGACAUUGAUGCAACAUGUGCUGCAUUAGGCUACAGCGAUGGCAACAAAUAUUUAGCCGAACCCGAUGCCAUUCAAGGAUUAAAACACAUAAUAUGGAUUCUCCGUCGUGACUUGGACAAUCAUGAAUAUCGUCGACAUUUGGGUAGAGCCAAAGUCCUGCAAACUGAUUUGGUACCAAUGCUACCCGAUUAUAUUGAAGAUGAUGAAUUUGCUGAUGUUCUCAUUCGUUUAUUGGUUAUUUUAACAAAUCCCACUUUGCUCUUGUAUCGAGAUGGUGCACCUAAAGAUAAUCAUGGAAGAAAGGUAUUCAUGGAAUUAAUUGAUAUUUUGCAAGGUUAUAAAUCUGCAUUCACUUCGAGUAAAACUUGGGCGGCCUUGACUUUAAAGACUCAGAAGUCUCUUGAAAUUGAUUGGGCUUUACGAAGUGAAGAGCAGGGUUUGAUGAUUGAAAGGGUUUUAGUUUUAAUUCGUAAUGUUUUACAAGUCCCUGCUAAUCCUGAGGCCGAAUGUCGAGCUGACAAUGAUGCCAGUUUGCAUGAUCAAGUUAUCUGGGCUCUUCAUCAAUCUGGCAUUCUUGACUUGGUUCUCUAUGUUGUCAGUUCACCUGACGAGAAUCAAUACCAUCUCCAUGGUUUAGAGAUUCUGUGUUUGCUUUUCCGUGAACAAACAGCUGAAUCAUUAGCUGAUGCUUCAUUGCAAAGAAGUGCAAGUGAAAAGCAACGCGAUGAGCAAGAGCUUAUAGCUGCUCGUCGUCGUGAAAAACAGAAGCUAGUUGCUAGACCGCCGGCUGGUCGUCAUUCCCGCUUCGGUGGCACUUAUGUAAUUCAGAAUUUCCGAUCUGUAUCGGAUAAAGAUGCAAUAUGCCAUCAAUCUUUGGAACGUGCAGUUGCCAUUGAUUUCGAUCGUGAAAAAGAACGUCAGAAAAAAUCACAUCGAAUAAUUAAAGAAGAGAGUCAGAGUGUACGUCGAAGUGCAUUCUCUGUGCGAUUGUGUCUGAGAGAAUUCUGCAUUGAAGUUCUACGAUCGGCAUACAAUACUCUUGUCCGUCAAGUUAGACGUGUCUUAGAGAGAAACUCUGGCUCCACAAGUCAUGAUGAUUCUUAUUUACUUUGGGCAGUUAAAUUUUUCAUGGAAUUCAAUCGCCUAAGUGGGCUUCAAAUGCAUUUGGUUAGUGAAUCAUUGAGUGUCCAGUGUUUUCAUUGGGUUCUAACUCGAAUGCAACAUGACAUGGACAUGAUGACUACUGAUAAAAAGCAGGCCCGUCUUUGGGCUAAGAGAUUGCAUGUUGCUUUGCAGACCUUUAGAGAGUUGAUCUUCAGUUUGUUGGCAUUGCAAAAGUUACAGGAUGAUAAAGCAAAGGCUCUAUUUGAUAUGUUGCUUAAUAAUGUCUGUUAUGUUCUGGAAUAUAGAGAAACAAUAUUGCAUCUAUUGAUGAAUUACAAUGAGGCACAUAGCACCAAGAUAUAUCUUCGGGAUGUUAUUGAAACAGCCAAUAUCUUUUUAAAGAUGAUGGAGAAAUUUUGUAAGGAUUCUGUGGUAGUUCAGGAUAAGCAUCGUCGGAAGAAUAAAAAAGCAUCCAAAAAGAAAUCACAAAAGCCAACUCCUCAAGAAACUGAAGAACAAUUGGAGAAUAAAUGGGUUGAAAUAGCUUCUCAAUUGUCUGAGAUUCUAUCAAAUGAAUUGAAUAUUCCCGAAGAAGAUCAACCAAUUCCCUUCGAUGCAGCUUCUGAUAAAAGUAUUGAUGAUCAAAAAGAAGAUUGCAUGGUUAGAAUUCAUAAAUUACUUAGAGAAGAGAAGUUGGAACAUGCAAUUUCAUUGAUGCGUUCGGCUAGAGAAGUUUGGCCUGAAAAUGAUUGCUUUGGAGCAAUGACAGCAGCUCCAGAGGAUGAAUUGUUACUUUUGAGAGAGAUCUUUCUCUAUAAUAUUGGUUCGGAUGAACAAACACAACCUGAUGAGAAUGAAGAAGACUCUUAUGACGAAGAAGAAUAUGAAGAAGGAGGGAAUUCGAAUGUUGUAGAGAAAACAUUCAAGUUUGAAGAUUUUGAAAAGAGACUUCUAAAUCCGAAAAUCAUUCGGGCUUGCAGUAUUGUCCUAGCUGAUUGGGAAAAGAUAUCAACCAAAUCAUUAAAAAGCAUUGUAACCAUUUUAUAUCGCAUUGCAUAUGGAUGUAAGUGUCCAGCAAUGCUCUAUCAAGCCUAUCUUUUUAGAAUUUUCCAACAAGUAUUCGAUGCCCCUCGAGAUCCUCAUUGGGAGGAGUUACGUCGUCUUGGUAUUUAUGUUAUUCGAAAAUUUGUCGAAACUGCACCAAAAAAUCCAAAAAUCUAUGCCGAAUUAUUCUUUUACAAAUCGAUUAGGGAUGCCAAUGAAUUGGAAACUGGUUAUUGUGAUGUUUAUGAAUCUGGUACAAAAGGCACGUGGACAGAAGAACAAGAAAGCGAAUUGCGUUUUCUUUUUGAAGAAAAUCAAAAUAAUCCUCAAACAGAUCAAGAUGUUAUUGAUUGGAUUUUAGAGAAUCUUAUUGAUAAAACUAGGACUCGUCGUGGGGUUCUUAAGAAGUUACGAGAAAUGGGACUUCAAUUUAAGGCUCCGACUAAGAAAUCAACAGCAGCAAUGGCGAAUAAGGAUUUGUGGCAGAGAGAAGAAGAUGAUGAAUUGAAGGGACUUUUUGAUGAACAUCGUUUGGAUGAAGAUUGUUUGCAAAAAAUUAUGGAUGUAUUUGGUGAACGGCGUUCAAAGAAUCACAUUAUUAAGCGAAUGAUACAGUUACAUUUGAUAGCUGAUAAAUCUGAAAUACUUCCAGCGAAGACGACGAAAAAGAAGAAAUCAAAAUCGAAUGUUGAAGGUGAAGAAGAAGGACACAGAUCCAAAACAUCAUCAAAGUCAAAAAAAUCACCUCAAAAGCAACCGAAUCGAACAAUAAUUCGAACACCUCUAGACGUAGGAACUAUUCGGUCUUUGAUGGAAAAUGUUGAUUCAAAUUUUGCUGACGCUCUCGAAUGGUUGAAAGAAUCAUUUGCCGAUGCAGCUGAAGAUAGUGAAACUCCUUCAGAAGAAGAUGAUGGAGUUCCAUUGCUUCCUUUGUUAGAAAUCCAAAAAGAAGCCAUGGAAGAUGAUAACUUUAAGAAACUACUAUUGGCUUUAGGUGCACAACCUCCACUGGAAUCAAUGGAAAACUACUGGCGCAUUCCGACGUAUUUAAAUGCAUCUGAUUUGAAAUUACGUGAAAGAAUACUUGGAUGCGAAGAAAUUGAUGAAAAUGAAUUGAAUUUGGGCGAUGAAGAAGAGGAAGACGAUGAAAACGAUAAUGAACAAGAUAAUGAAGGUGGUGGUGAAUCUGGCGAAGAAAGUGAGGAGGACUACCUUGAUACGUUCAUGUCCAAAAAACGCGAACAAAUGAACAGUUUAAUCUACAACAAAAGUGACAAUGAAGAUGAACAACGUGCUCCAUUAACUCCUAAAAAGAAGACUUCUUCAAAAAGAUCCAAAGAUAAAAAUACAUCUUCUAAAAAAGAUCAAGCUGAAAACCUCUUUGAUAUGGUUAAAAGCAAUGAGGAGAAUGAUGAUAAAUCUGAUGAUGAAGGCAAUUUUAAUUCUGAAAACUAUCGCAAACGCUUAGCUGAACUUGCAUCCAGUGAUUCUGAAUCCGAUAACGAGGCCAAUGCAACAGUUAUUGAAAACACAAACACAUCAAAUAGAUCACGUAUUCGUCAUAAUAGAAUUGAUUCUGAUUCGGAGGAAGAAACUGCGCAGAAUAAAAAUGAAAGCAGUGGUGGAAGAAAACGUCCUCGUUCUAGUGAUGAGGAAAAUGAUCCCAAUAACGAAUCAACCUCAAAAAAUCUUAAUGAUAGUGAUGAUGACGAUGAAUUAUUUAUUAAGAGAAAAAAUCUGCCUUCUACAAAGACCAAAUUGGGUGAAGAGCCCAAACGUCGACGUAUUGCUGUUAUCGAUGACGAUGAUGAAGAUGAUCAACCUGAAUUUUAAAU